AUGACCAUGAAUCCAGAUCGAUUGAAAGUUCCUGUCGAUAGCGACUCAGGAAUUGGCGACUUCGGAAUUCACAACAGCGAUCGCACGCCAUCGAGGAGGGGACAUCGCCAUAAGAGGUCACUUGCUAUCUCACAAGACUUGGAUUUUGUCAAACAAGGUCCAGGAACUCCCAAUGAUAAACCAGAUUACACCACUGCAUCGCCCGUACGAAAUCAGGACAUAAGCCCGCGGUUUUUUAUGAGCGAGGAACUUACUUACUCCCAUGAUAUACCAAAUGCAAUCAUUGAUUUAGACGAUGCACUUACCACAAAACCACGCUCCUUCACCUCGCAUAGACGAGCCGAGUCUGCCCCCGCAAACUUGAUUUUACCUUUCAAACUUGAGCCCCCUUCAACACAAUCUAAACCUCCGCUACGAAUAGAAGAAGAGGACUCAGAAAGUGAUGGCGAGCCCACAUCUCAAGACGCGUUGAUGUCGCCAUUGCGGGCUAAGUCCCAAUCUCCGUUUUUGAAAAAUCCAACUGUGACAGAAUCGCCAAAAACCGCCAAGAGAAGCCUGUAUAAUAACAAUACACUCAAGAUAAGCAAGCAGAAAGAAAGAUACCUGAAUUAUACUAAGCACUUCCCAGCGGCAAGCCCACAGUUGCCCACUCAACUUUACCCACAAGAUCCAUCAUCCUCAUCAUUAUCGUCCGACUUGACCUCUGGGAUACUGACUCCUGCAGUCACGAAUUCUCCUAACACACCAGUAUUUUCGGUUCUCAAGUUUACCAAUGGGUCUCCCAGCCCCCGCAACUCUUUCAAUUUCCGAAGUCAAGUCUACGAUUUACCCUCUAAUAUCAGCGCUGUAAUUGACGAGGGUUUGCAUCUACCUGACAGUAAUGUGGAUGAUGGUGAUACUCUAACGUGCACUACGACGAACGCCACCUAUGAGCCAGUUCACAGACGGUCAAAAAGUGCCGCUGCGUGCGAUAAUCUUGAAGCUUAUAGGAUCCCAAAAGAGAUCCUACUAGGUGAACCUGGCGGUAGUAUUGAUCUUUCUGCGCAGCCUAAAUCACCGAUAAAAGCUGUAGCAAGAUCUAGUAAUGUCCAAGCCGCAAAUGAAACCCGCAGCAUAAGCGAUGGCGCUGUGACACGCGAUAAGGUUUCUUCCCAGGCUGGAAAGCGGAAAAGUAAGUUCAACAUCAUCACAAAUAUCUUUUCGCGGUUCAAGAGCCCGAGAUGA